AUGCAAUUCAAGAACAUCAUCUCAGGCGCAGCCGUGCUGCUUGCCUCUACCCCCGCUGUCAUGGCUUUGGGCACUGCCACCGUCAUCAACAACUGUGGAUAUCCAAUCUACUAUGCUUCCGUCGGUCAAAGCUACCAUGCCAACAUGCAACCCCUUCAGGGAUCUUACUCCGAGGGUUACUCUCAACAAGGUGUUGGCAUCUCUAUCAAGCUGGCUCCCAAUGCUACCAGCAGUGGACCCGUCUCUCAAUUCGAAUUCACCUGGGCGAAUGGCAAGAUCGCUUAUGAUCUCUCCAACAUCGAUGGCUAUCCCUUCUCCGCUGGUGGCAUGCAAGUGGUCCCAUCCAAGCAAGGUGACUCUGCCAAUCCAACUUGCGUUGUGGUUGACUGCCCUGCCGGACAAGCCGUCUGCACUGCUGCCUACAAUGCCCCAGACGAUGUCCGAACCAUGGUCUGCGAUGAGAAUACCAGCCUUACUCUGACCAUGUGCCCUGGUGGAAGUGCCAAGCGAAGUGUCGAGGUCAAGGGACAACACAUCCGCUACCGCGUCCACGCACGUCAAUUCGUCACCGACGAGGCAUAA